UCGUUGUGUCUUCUCAUAGUUGUUGAUCCCAGUAUUGUUUGUCGUCGAAUUGAACUACCUUCAGCUGUGCCUGUUGCUAUUGCUGCGACUGCCACUGCUGUUCUCAGUGCAGGAGGAGAGCCAUCGUUUCGAAAGCCGCACGGUGGCUUUCGUUCCGUCAAUAGCAAAACGCUGGAGAUUGUUCGCACAGACCCUCAUGUAGUCCUAAAGCAGGGCCAAGCACAAUGAACAGAAACUGGAUAAAUCCAGCUCUUUGUUUCCUACUGAUGUCCCUGUAUGUCAAAAGAACUGAUUCCUUUGUGUGCAAAGGAUGCAAUUAUCCUCCAUGCGUAUGCAUCGGCCAGCCGGGAGAACCGGGCUACCCUGGUCUUCCGGGAAUGAAAGGUACCCGAGGUCCUGUAGGUCCGAAAGGCUUUCAAGGCGAACCAGGACAACGGGGUGAGCCCGGGGAGCCAGGCUAUCACGCUCCUGACGGACCGAAAGGUGAUCGAGGCUUUGACGGCGAACCGGGAAUAGAUGGAUAUACUGGACGACCGGGCUUUCCUGGGGUGCCUGGCCUGCCUGGAUUGCGCGGUAAAGAUGGAUGUAACGGUACUAAGGGCGAACCGGGUUUUCCGGGCACGCCGGGGAUGCCUGGGGAACCAGGUUUGCCUGGCUUAGACGGCCUGCCAGGGCUUAAAGGUCAGCCAGGUGACGGAGGUAUCAAUUCGGUCGGAGUUCGUGGAGACGAUGGUGACGACGGUUUUCCAGGUAUUCAAGGUGCUGAUGGAUAUCCUGGUCGUCCGGGUUUACCAGGUCCUCGAGGCGAUCCAGGUUACAGUGGUAAGUCGGGUCUUCCAGGCUAUCCCGGUGACUCUGGAGCACCUGCCUUGAUUCAGCUCAUCGGCGAUCGGGGAGAGCCUGGUUUUCCAGGCGAGCCGGGUCCUAAGGGCAUUCUGUUUUAUCGAAGCCCACUUAUUAACGGGACCGAUAGAAACGAGGGAAUGAAGGGAGCACGAGGAAGUCACGGAGACCCUGGAUAUCCGGCUGCAUUAGGACCUGUUGGACCACCAGGCCCAAACGGAGCCGACGGACUCCCCGGCUAUCGUGGACCACGCGGGUCUCCUGGAGAAGUCGGACCUAUGGGUCCUAUCGGUCCGGAGGGCCAUCCCGGAAAAUCAGGAAGUAAAGGCCAGCAAGGAGAUCCUGGUUGGGACGGAACUGAUGGCCAGCCGGGAGCAAAGGGCAGUCGAGGAUAUCCGGGUUACCCUGGUGUUCCCGGACAAAUAGGGCUGCAGGGUUUACCUGGCAACAUUGUACGUGGUUUGGUUCCCAUCCAAGGCCUUCCCGGAAUACGUGGUGAACGCGGUGAUCCUGGGCCGAUAGGAUACAGCGGUUUUAAGGGACGAGUUGGCCCUAGGGGUUUUCCAGGUACUCCCGGAAGGCCUGGGCCACCCGGAUCGCUAGGCUCCGACGGUCGCCCGGGGCGUUCGUUGAAAGGAGAACAGGGCGACCCCGGUAUAAGUGGUCCACCUGGUGAGGUGGGUAGACCAGGUCCACCAGGAUACCCUGGCUUACCAGGAGAGCCCGGAAGACCCGGUAAAGACGCUUACGGACCUCCAGGUGAACCGGGUAUUGAUGGAGCGCCUGGUAUUCCCGGUAAACCCGGCUUACCAGGUGAAGACGGUGCGCCUGGUGAAAAAGGACGACCAGGCAUAGGGGCUCCGGCUACUGGACUACAGGGAGCACCUGGACUCCCGGGUCCACCAGGACUUCCCGGAGACGACGGGAGUCCUGGACGACGCGGUGUUGAUGGAAUGCCUGGUUAUCCUGGCGAUGACUGCCCAUUCUGCCCGAGCGGACUUUCGGGUAUCGAAGGUGAUCCUGGGGAUCCCGGUUUCCCUGGAUAUAUUGGCGUGCCUGGCGAACCUGGGCCUCCUGGCACACCGGGACUUCGUGGUGGCGACGGCCUGCCUGGUAUACCUGGGGACAAAGGGGCCCCGGGAAUCCCGGGUCUCCCGGGACAAGACGGCCAGAAGGGAGAACGAGGUGAUUCGGGCAAACUCAUUCUUCAAGGAGAUUUUCGGGAGCAGAUAGGAGAACCAGGUCUUCCUGGUCCACAAGGUCGCAAGGGCGAGAUGGGCUUUCCGGGUGCUCCGGGCAAACCGGGUCGUAUAGGGGCUGAGGGACGACCAGGAAAUCCCGGUGUUCAAGGAUAUCAAGGAACUCCCGGUCUUACGGGCUAUAAAGGCAUUAAGGGUGCACUUGGAGACAGAGGAUUUCCUGGGAUGGGCUUUGCUGGAUUGCCAGGUGCCAUUGGGCCCCGGGGAAAUCGCGGACCCCCAGGAAUUCAAGGUAUGCCGGGCCAAAAGGGUGAACCAGCUAAAAGAGACAUUGAUAUAGCACAAAAUAUCACGCGCUCACAUGGUGACAAAGGUUUGCUCGGACCAACUGGAGAAACAGGAGCCAUGGGUGUGCCAGGCCUCCCAGGUGAAACAGGUAAGGAUGGGAGACCUGGUCCUCCCGGUAUGAGAGGUCCGCCCGGGCCACCUGGUUCAUCGCCUAUAGGAGAACCUGGUGAUCCAGGCGCGCCUGGAUAUCCAGGCUAUCCUGGGUAUCCUGGUCCAAUUGGAGAGAAAGGUUUACAAGGCGAGCCCGGUGAUAUAGGUUAUCCCGGUCCACCGGGACCGAAGGGACAGCCAGGUUUCAUAGACGGAACAGGUACCCCGGGGGACCCUGGUGAGCCGGGUCAUCAAGGUUGGCCAGGUGAACCCGGCCACUCGGGACCUGAUGGUCCGCCGGGUCCUGCAGGCUUCCGCGGAAUGCCAGGUUAUCAAGGAAAGCCCGGCGAUAUAGGUUUCGAUGGUCGGCCCGGAUUACCGGGUAUUCCUGGCGAUGCUGGUUUCGGUACUAAAGGUGAAAUGGGAGAGGUGGGUUACGACGGGACACGUGGAGCACCCGGCCUUCCAGGAAUGCCAGGUGCAACUGGAUGGCCUGGUCUUAAGGGUUUGCCUGGUGAUAUCGGCUACCCGGGCCUCGUUGGCCUUGCAGGAGAACGUGGUCUACCAGGAUUAGACGGACUGCCCGGGCUUCCCGGUUACCCUGGAUACAUCGGAGACGUGGGGGAACCUGGCGAUGAUGGGCUGGAAGGAUUGGAGGGUGCGCCCGGUUGGCCAGGACCGCAGGGCUAUGAGGGUUCUCCAGGUCUGCCAGGCGAACCAGGUGAACCCGGUCGCGUCGGAGUGACUGGGCCUGAGGGAAUUAAAGGCGAUAAGGGCUUAAUCGGCGAUCCCGGUUUUGACGGGCUUCCGGGCCCACCUGGCGAUGACGGUCGGCUUGGAGACAUGGGUGACGAUGGCGAGAUUGGGAUACCAGGAUUUGAUGGAAAUUCCGGCUCUGAUGGGCUACCAGGUCCAUACGGUGAAAAAGGCGAGCCUGGAGACAUGGGUGACCGUUUUGGGGCUCCACCCGGUGCUCCUGGACCCCCUGGUGCUCCUGGGAAUAGCGGAGUACCCGGUCUUCAGGGCAAGCAAGGCAUGCCUGGUUACAGUGGGCCACCUGGACACCCCGGUUUUCAAGGUCCCCUGGGAGAAAAAGGCAUUAGAGGUUAUGCUGGAUAUGUGGGUACAAUAGGAUUCCCUGGUGAAGAUGGCCUCAUUGGUGAAGUUGGACUCCCUGGCGAAGAUGGCGAUCCUGGACGUCCAGGAGUCCCAGGUUUAAGUGGUCCCUUAGGUACUCCAGGCCCGCGUGGAUUUCCGGGUCCGCCUGGCCCUAAGGGCUCUACUGGUUAUGAUGGCAUUCCCGGAAGCCCUGGUUCUGGAGGCCUUCCUGGUCUCCCUGGGAAUCCAGGACUGCCAGGUCUCCAUGGUGUUAAGGGUCUGCCGGGUUUGGAAGGCAUGAAGGGAGAGCCAGGCGAAGAUGGUCUUUUGGGUAGGCACGGAAGCCCCGGAAUUCCUGGUCAGCCCGGCCGUAAAGGCAUGGCCGGACCACCUGGCUUUAGAGGAAGAGCUGGUCCUCCAGGCCUGCCCGGUCCCGACGGAGUUAUUCAAGGAUCCACGGAGAAAGGUCAGAAAGGUGAUUCUGGGUACCCCGGUGAGCCCGGGUACGAGGGUAGUAUUGGACCGAAAGGAGAUCCAGGAAAUUCUGGUAAGGAUGGACUGAGAGGCCUACCUGGUCCGCCUGGCUUUGGACUCGGUCCCCGAGGUCUAGACGGACUUCCUGGGCAUAAAGGUCAGAAAGGCUAUCCUGGUCUACCAGGUUUACAAGGUGAGCCAGGACGUCAUGGAAUGCGUGGCUUGAAAGGUCGCGAUGGGGUACCGGGUCCACCCGGUUACAGCUUGCGUGGAGAGCCAGGACCCCUAGGAGAGCGUGGAGCCGACGGGCCUCAAGGUUUUCCAGGUCAAUUAGGGGACCCAGGUUACCCAGGGGCUCCAGGUUCCGAUGGUCAGGUUGGUCAGAAGGGAGACACAGGCGAUCCAGGUACCCAAGGAAUGACAGGACUUGACGGACCCAUGGGCGAACCAGGGCCCCCUGGGGACUUAUUUUUUGAAGUGAGUCCGCCGGGUCCACCGGGUCCUCGCGGGCUUGAUGGAUAUCCUGGUUACCCAGGAAUGCGAGGAUUGCCUGGAAUACCUGGAUUCAAAGGAGAUCCCGGGGAGUACGGCGAUGCUGCAAGCCCUGGUCCUCCAGGCUAUCCAGGAUUAGAAGGGGCUGUAGGAGACGUUGGACCUCCAGGUUACCCCGGCAGUCCAGGUAUGCCCGGGCCGCCCGGUCCCCCCGGGUUAGACGGCGGCGGAGGUACAUUACAUCGGCGAAAGUAUACUAUUUUCACAGUGCACAGUCAAAGCACGAGCGUGCCUGAUUGCCCCGUUAAUGCUUCAAAGCUUUGGGAUGGCUAUUCGUUUCUGUACAUAUUAGCUGAUCGUCGCGCACACGGCCAAGACCUUGGUGAACCGGGAUCAUGUCUACCUAAUUUUAGCCCAAUGCCGUACCUAUUUUGUGAACAACCGCAAAAUGAAGAUGAAAAUUGCCGAUUCGCAGCCCGUAACGAUUAUUCGUAUUGGCUAAACACAGAUCUACAACAUGAGGGUCGUGAAGCCAUUCGGGGUAAUCGCAUAAAGGAAUUCAUUUCGCGGUGCGCUGUGUGUCAAACGGAUAAACCAGUGAUUGCAGUACACAGUCAGAGCAUAGAAAUCCCGGCUUGCCCCCGUGAUUGGGAGACAAUGUGGAUCGGAUAUAGUUUUGCUAUGACAACGGACGCUGCAGCUCAGGGUAGUUCACAAUCUCUAGCAAGUCCCGGUUCGUGUCUGCCUGACUUCCGUCCGACGCCGUUCAUCGAAUGCAGGGGCAUCGGCACCUGUGAUUACUUCCCCUCUGCGUUUAGCUUCUGGUUGACUACAAUCGAGAACGAUAAACAGUUUGAGACACCUGAACGGGUCCGCAGUAGACCAGGGGAUGUGGAACGACUAGUAUCACGCUGCUCGGUCUGUAAGCGACGCAGUGUUACGUUCCGCGCGAAUGGCAACAGGCUUCCACCGGCGCCAUCAAUCCAACAACAACCUCCGUCCUUUUUAUUCGAGUGACCUAUCGCAAGCUAAAUCGAUAAGGUUUCUAUUUUAACUUCAUCAUAGAAACGUGCAAAUCAGUGAACGGCGAGAAAGCUAGCAUUAUAUUUACAUAACAUAUUAUUCAUGAACUGUUAUGUCCUGUAAAACUAUGCUAAACGUACUGUCAAAAUAAAUAAUUAUAUAGUAAUAUUUUGUAUGUUGAUAGAAAUACCAUGGGAUAGGUAGUCAUAAUAAGAGAACAUUUUAGCGGAUGUAUCAGACGCAUGACCAUACCUGUAUAAGCGUUAAAUAUAAACAUGCUGUGGACCCUCGAGUUUACUCGAGAAGCCCAACUAUAUUAAGCCCAAUUGAGUUGUAUGUAUGUCGCAUAUAUAUAUA